UCGCAAGAUGGACUUCGACCAAACGUAUUUAAAUCACCGACUACUUUCACAGUUGCUCAUCACCUUAGUUGCUCACACUAGCUUACCUCGCUUUUUAAAACAUGGAGGUGCCACUUCCGCCAAUAAGCAAGUUGUCGCUCGAGAUAAUCCGCCUUAUUGUUUCUUCCCCCGAAUUGUCUACCAAAGACCGAAAGAGUCUUCGUCUAACAUGCAAAUGGUUCAAACAGCCCACAGAAGAGAGACUGUUCCACCGCAUCUGUAUCUCACAGCUACAGUCUGAGGUGGAAGCUUUCCUAAGGAUCUCCGCGUCCCCUCAUCUCGCCAUCCUUGUAAGAGAAAUCGUCUGGUUGGAACGUCCUCAAUUCACGUAUGAAGACGUUGAGGCGUGGAUCGAGGAUCUCGAAAGACCAGUUUCAGUUGAUCAACGCACACGGUUUCUUCAAUCAUUCUGGAGGUAUGAUGAAUCCAAAAUCGAAUUGAAUUCCGAAGACGAUGAAGGAACCGAGCAGACGUCCUCCUUGAGUUUGGGAGAAUAUUUCCCCUUGGCUAUCCUUCGAAUGCCCCGUGUUGCCACGUUUGUCUCGCAACAUCUGGAACGACAACCAAGGAACACCUACCACGCAAGCGAUGAAGAAAUCUUGCUAUUCCACGGUCCCCGUGGUCCAGGAAUACCCAACGAGGGCUUCUUCAAGUUUCUCCAGCCAGCAAUGGAAUGCCCGCAGUCUACUGUAAGAAACUUGGUCUGGACACAAGAAUUCGAAAACACCCUGGACCAAACCUUCAUCCCAGCCGCAUUCAGAAGCUUGACAAGCAUCGACAUUCGAUUCCACCGUCUACCGCAAUGGAAAAACUUGGUGGACUGUCUCUGUGCCGCGUCCGGACUUCGGAAACUUUCUCUCGCCUCCAUGGAUAAUCACCACGAGCCCCAUGUUUUCGGACAGAUCAGUCGUUCUCCACGCUGGGAACAUCUUACAGUCGUUCAUUUCAACAAGAUCAGAGUCUCCGACGAAGACCUGACCUACUUCGUCGAGUGCCACGGUACCCUCUACCACUUGCGAGUCAUAGGCUGGUACCUUCGAGUCGAAACCAAACGAAAUGUGGAAGAUAUUCUACGACGCGCAAAACUGGAGUUUGACGCAGAUAAUGUGGAUGGAGAAGACCGGCCGCAGUCAUGAAACCACCACGGAGGUUCCAGCGACGGAGAGCCUUUGAAGCCCGAGGCCUGUUGAUCGGCGACUUCCGGGUGAUGGUGACGGGGGAUUUCCUAUGUAUUCUUAUGUACCGAAAUCUGGUUGUAGACUUCAGUGUCAUUAUGUAUGGGAUUAGUAAAACAAAAUGGCAGUCUCCUCUCUAUC